UAAGGAUCAUACAAUUUUUUCAUUUUGUCAUGAUAAAAAUAAAAUCAAAUUGUUGUAACAAUGUUACUAUUUUUAUUGGGCUAUUUAUACUUUAUGGCGUCUUGUAACUAUCGAUUCUUUUCUAUCUGUUAAGUGGCAAUUGACAAGAAUAUUAUUAUUUAUUACAUUUUUACCAUCUGAAACGUGUGUAACUACAGUAUAUUUUAAAAUGACGACAUUUAAGACUGUCUUUUUAUUUCUCACAUUCGUAUCUUUAAUUCACUCACAACCGAACAGUUUAGUAUAUUCAGUCAAUGCAGAGGAUACAAUAAAUUGUUGUUCUCUGUUUGAAAGAAAAUACCCAUUACCUCCAAUAUAUUGUUAUGCAGGAAACGAUAAAAGUGUACUUAAUGUUUUUCAAACUGUUAAGGUCGAUUUAAUAAUUGAAAAAACAGAUGACUUCAUUGUAUACCAAGCAGCAAAUCAGCAUUUAGUUGAAGAACAAAUGCUAUCUGAUGAGGCUAUAUUAUCUUUGAAUAAAAUAAUAUCCUAUGUUUGGAAACGGAAAGAUUUCAAAUUGGAUCCAUUUCAACCAUCUUGUUUUAGUAUUAAAACAGUUGCAGAUUUUAAAAUUAAAAUUCACUCUAUUGCAUUAGAUAUUAAGAGACUGGCAAUGUUUAUAGUUGGUAUUUUUCUAUUUGGGUAUUCUGCUCGUUUAAGUCAUAAUUCAUUGUUUUACUACUUAUGUGGAAUUACAGUAGGCGUAACUGCAUCGUUUGUGAUUAUAAUAUUACUCAUCAGUCGUUUAAUUCCUAAGAAAAGAAUGAUGGUGGGAUAUUUAGGAGCAAGUUGUAUGUUAAGUCUCUAUGCUAUUCAGAUGUUGAUUGAGAAUCUCAAUAUGAUAUUGAUGUUAUAUUAUAAGUAUAUAUUGGGAUAUAUUGUUUUCUCUAUGUUAGCCAGUUUUGUGGUUUGCUAUAGAUAUGGACCAGUAACAAAUCCAAGAUCCAUCGACCUCAUAAGAUGGACGUUACAGUUAAUUGGUUUGGGUUUGGUUACAUUAUGCAGCUUUCACUUAGAAGCUAUGGUUUUAGUGGAUAUUUUGUGCAUUAUACUCUACUACACUAAGUUUUCACUGCCUUUUGGAUUAUUACCUAAACGUAAACCAAAACCCCGAUUAUUAUCCGAAGAUGAGUAUAUACAACAAGCUUUGAUUGAAACACCAAAAGCCCUUGAAGAACUGCGAAAGUACUGUAAAAGUCCAAACUGUGAUGCAUGGAAAGUUGUGAACAGGUUACAGGAUCCUAAAAAAUUUGCUGAAUUUAUGGAAACAUCAGCCCAUGUUUCUACAGAAUCUGUCAAUGAACACGAAAAAGAAUUAGAAGAUUAUGAAACCGAGUACGACGAAGAAUCAGAAGAUGAUAGUUUGUCUAACGAUAUACAAAAGUUAGACUACACAAGUGACAGCGAAUAAAAUAUGAUAACUUACCUAAUGUACUAAACUAUAAAAUUUUAACUUAAAUAUUUCUUAUUUUUUUUUAUAUGAAAAUGUAAAUAACUUGUGUUGUUAUUCUAGUGUUAUUAUACUUUCUUUUUUUUUUUUUUUAUUGGCCUUAUAAAUUUAAAUAGUAAACAACUGAAUAAUUUAUAAUAUUUAUUUUUAAGUUACAUGUUGUUAUGCACAUAAUAGACUUAAUAAAAUAUUUUUAGCUUAAUAA